AAUCACAAGCAGCUGUAUUAAUAUAUAAAGGAGAGAGAGAGUGAGUGAUAAUGCACCGGAACCGCCAAGAACGGAAAUGGCAUUUCCGAAAACAAAGUUCUCGUGACACUGGGCCUGGCCAAUGGCAUCCUCAAAAGUUCGUUCUAUUCCACUGUUUCGAACCAAGGUAAGUUUCUACUCAGCCUUCUUUUGCUUUCAACUUAUUUCCCGAGAUAAUCAACAAUGGCAGCCGACACAAUAACUAAUGACAAAGCAUUCACCGAACAAAAGUUACAAGCCGUUGAUCUGACAACGGCUGAGAAUGAGGAAUCGCCGUCUGCUCUGUCGUCUUCUUCUCUGUCACCACCGUCGUCCGAGCAACAACAGCAGGAGGACGACCAGCAACCACAGCCAGCAAGCAUAGAAAGCGAAAGGGGUGGUUCCGAGGAAAAUACAAGAUCCUGUAAUCAAGAGGAUCAAGGCGCUGUAGCCGCAACCGUUGCGGCAGCUGUCGCAAGCGUGGCACUGCAAGAUACCGCCGUCAAUACAAUUAGCAAACAUCGGCCUACACCGAUCCAAACGGGCAAGGCAAAUACAGAAGCAGAGCAUGUUGAUGGCGAUGGUAACAAUGCAGGCGAUAUAGAACCACCAGGACCAACACCUCCUCCAAAGAACACAAACAUGGCAGACUACUUGACACCACCUACGCCAGGUGUUCUUCCCAUGGCUGAUCCUAAUUAUCGUCGGCAGCUCGAGGAGGAUGAAAGACAGGAGCAGGCCUCGCAGUCCAACACAUUCACGCCCGUCAACAUCGAUCUGAAACGAGUCAAGGCAAACACACUUAGUCCAAGAGAGCAAGAAGCUGCAGAUGAAACGAUGGCACAAGGAAUCUCUGCCCUUUUCAACAACAAAUUCUCGCAUGCCAAGGGUAUCUUUGAAUCCCACGCCCAUGAAGACGUCUUGCAUUCACUUGGUCUAGGCUCUAUGGCAUUUUUGAAAGCUAUCACUUCUGCAAAUCCGAGAGAUGCCGAGGUAGCCAUUGCCAGCUUAACCGAGACAUACCAGUUUGCUCAAGCACAGAUCGAGGCAGCACAAGCCAAGAAGCCGCUGAAAGAUACCGUAUCGCACAUGUUUACAAACUUGAUGGGUAGCAACACAACUGGACUGCCUACGAACACACGACCGCUCAGCCAGGACCAGCUUAAACAGCGACCCACGUUCAUGCCGAAUGGUGCCUUACGUGCACAUAUCAUCAAGGCCGAGUGUGGCUUGCUCAUGAGUAUGGUCCACAUGUCGCAAGAAACAGUGCUUGGUUACUUGAAAAUGGGAUUGAAUCUGCGUAGAGCCUAUAGCAGCUAUAGCUUGGUCUGGCAAGAGUAUAAGCGUAUGGGCCAAGAUUUCCAUAAAUACAUUGACGAGAACACUGUCUCUGCAAUUCAAUUUGGCAUUGGAUCUGUGCAUUUACUAUUGUCAUCAUUGCCGCCCAAGAUCCUCAAAAUUGUCUCAGCCUUUGGAUGGAAUGCGGACAAGCAUCUUGGAUUUGCUCUUUUGAAAUUGUGCCUUGAAGGCAGGCGUAUCCGUGCUCCGCUUGCAUCAAUGAUGUUACUUUCGUACUAUGUUAUUUUGACAUCCCAUGCACCGCUUAUCCUAAAUCGUGAAUUGAUGCAGCCGGCUGUAGAUUGUCUAUUGGAUGCGCAGAAAACGCAUCCAAGUUCUGCUUUCUUUUUGUAUUUUGCCGGUCGCGUCUCGCGACUCACACGCAGUAUCUCCUUAUCGACACAAUCAUUCGAUUACACCAGCGAUGUCAGCAAGGGAGAGUGGGCAGAGGUAUCGAUGGGCCUUUUAGCCAGUUACGAGAUUGCAUUCAACUCGGCAAUGGAACUCCAGUGGGAAGAUGCAGCUCAACAACUUGAAGCACUCAUUCCAACACAUACCAAACCAGCCUUUAUCAAAUACUUUUACGGCGUAUGCAUGGAAAUGAUGGGUAACCGGAGCGAAGCUAUUCUGGCGUUUGCUGAAGCUCCCAAACUUGUCAGUGGCAACGGAUCUCAACUCGAGCAGUUUAUCAUCAGCCGCGUCAACUUUUUCGAACGAAGUGGAUAUCAAGAUCUGGAUUUCGUAUUGCCUGCGCUUGAAAUCCUGCUUCUUUGGAACUCGCUAGCAAAUAUGAGUGAUGAGGCAUUGGAAGUAUGCUUGGACAAGGUCGAUGAAACGCUCAAUAGAAUUUAUGACCGAGAGAAGCGAGAGUAUGAAAUUCGAACGGUAGAGAUUGCUCCCAAUAUUGCGCCACCAGACUAUUACGAUCAACGAGCCACGUUGCUUCUUAUCAAGUCAUCGAUAUUAAAUGCACUGUCACGAGGUCGUGAGGCAAUCCCACAUUUAAACUGGAUUUUGGAUAAUCGUAAACGAAUCUUGCAUACCAAGUGGAUUGUUCCGUUUGCUUACUGGGAAUCUGGUGUUACAUGCUGGUGUAUGGAGGAACAUGGUCGGGCACGCUCGCUUUGGGAGGCAGCACUCAGUUUCUCUGGAUAUCCUUUGGAAUAUCGAUUGGCCAUUCGUUUAAAUCUUGCAAUCACACACGCCAAUGAUCUUGGUAUUCUAGCAUCUGAGACACCAAGACCUGAGAAAGGAAUUAGCACCAAUGGCCGCAAACGAUUAUCCCUCGCGUCGAAAAUGUCGCCACCUGACUCUCCUGAUUUGGGCAAUGGCAAUAGUCAUUCCGAUCAUCCAAAAGUUGAGAGCCCUCCGCCUACUCCCACUACUACAUCAACAUAAAGCACCCUGCCGCUCUACUCUAUACACAUAUCCGUUAAGCUGUUUAUAUUUUGAUAAUAAUUUGGUUAUUACACUCUGAACUUUCAUAGUUGUCUUUUUAAAUUAAUGUUACCUUUUCCGAUACUAUUUGUAAUGCAUGUAGAUAAGUGAAAUAGAUGCUUUAUUGAUACGAAAAUAAAGCUUCCCACCUGUGCUCUGCAUUGACACUAUAAUUCCCCACUUUUCCCUCCCAGUCUCUACCAAAUUUUAUGAAUUUAAAAGAGUAGUGUUA